ACUCUAAAGCAUCCGGAGCCAAUCACGGAGGACCGCGAGACAGAAACUUCCUCCGCUCCAGCGGAACUCUGGGAAGCAUUGCAAAAAUGCGGAAAUAAACUCUCGCUUUGCACUAUACUGCCUGCCGCCGUCUCCGACCGCGAGAAGAUGGGUGUCAACUGUGUCAAUGCGGCCCGAGCUCACGGUGAAGGCGACCAACCCGUCAAGUCGCCGCGAUCUGUUUGAGCGGAGCGGCGCUCGGAAAUCCCGUUCGUUUCAACAACAUCAUCGCAACAGCCAGCCCCUUAUCUCGCUCGCCCGCCCGCGGCUCUCUCUCUCUCUCUCUCCCGAGGAAAAUGUGGCUAACGCCGGAGGAGGUGCCAGUGAAGAGCGCGCUGAAGCUCUGGGUCACGGAGAAAUCCAACGACUUCUUUCUGCUACAGCGCAGGAGAGGGCACGGGGACACCGGCGGGAAGUUCACAGGGAUGCUGGUGGGGGCUCUGGAUACUGUGCUGGACUCUAAUGCCCGUGUUACACCAUUCCGGAUUGUUCUACAGGUGCCUUGCUCACAAGUCAGCUGGGUUAUCGCUAGUGGAGCUUCGCUUGAGGAAGUUAAAACACACUGGUGUUGGCUGGAGGUCAAUCUGCUCGACUCCCUUUCAGUGUUCGAGAACAAGGAGGACAUCACUAGCUUUGUCAAUGGCAAAAUCAAGGGCCUAAUAGCGGAUGAAUCUGGAGGGCAGCCGGACCCUGAGGGCUUGCGUGAGGUGGCGGUUCGGCUGGAGCAGCGAUUCGGCCUUCCCCAGAGGGAGAAGCUCAUCGCCCAGUACACCUGCUGCCUGUGGAAGAGCCACGUGCCCCGCCAGGGCUGGCUCCACCUCACACACAACCACCUGGCCUUCUACUCUUACCUGCUGGGCAAGGAAGUGAAGCUGCUGCUGGCGUGGGCGGACGUGACCGGUGUGGAGCGUGCGAGUGUGGGCCGCGUGACGGAUGUUCUGCGCGUGAGAACCCGAGCGCGUCAGCGGGACUUCUCCAUGUUCCUGAGCAUGGACGACGCCAUGGCGACCAUCACGCAACUCACCGACCUCGCCCUGCGCAGAGUGCUGCCCACGGCCGGCCUGAGGACCCCGCACACACUCAUACACACGCCGCUCACAAAGAGGGCGCUGGAUGACCACGUGCUCACUCAGGAUGUGCUGUCCGAGUUUGGGUUGCCGCGGCGUGAGAGUGUGUGUGAGGUGCGAGUGUGUGCCCUCUGGACCCCCUACCUGCGCUCACACACACACGGAACUCUCGUCACCACCGACACCUACCUGUGCUUCAGCAGCAGAGAGCCAGGAGUGUGUGUCCUCAUCAUCCCCCUGUCUGAGGUGUUGUCGGUGGAGAAGGCGGAGACGUCCAGCGUGCUUCCUGAUCCGGUGAUCGUGAGCGUGCGAGGGCGGCGAGCGUUCCAGAUGGUGGGUGUGUGUGAGCGGGACACUCUGCUGGAGGCCGUCACCGAGAGACUCCGCACCCUGCGCUGGAGACACGCUAUCUACAAAGGACAACACACACAGCCCACGCCACUGAUCUCCACGACUCCAUACUACACAUUCUGUUAUGACACGGACAGAGAAGCAGAGAAAUCUCAGAGAGACAUCAUCAGCACCCGCCCCCUCAUCUCUCUCAGCCAAUCACAGAUGCCAAAGCACAAGGCCGUGGAGGAGCGGCGCAAGGAGGUGUUGUGGGACGGGCGCUUUGAGGAGUUUGGCCGCGGCGUGCACAUGUUCCGCACCGCCUGCCUGCACAAGCUGGUUGCUAUGGGGAUCCCAGAGUCACUCAGGGGAGAGCUGUGGCUCACACUCUCAGACGCAAGCUCCGAGAUGGCAGCUCACCCCGGGUACUACGCCGAGCUGGUGGAGCGCUCGCUGGCAGAGAUCACCGUGGCGACGGACGAGAUCGAGCGGGAUCUGCACAGGUCACUCCCGGAACACCCGGCCUUCCAGAGCGAGAGUGGAAUCAACGCACUCCGCAGAGUUCUGAGGGCCUACGCACAUCACAACACACACAUCGGCUACUGCCAGUCCAUGAACAUCUUGGCGUCGGUGCUGCUGCUGUACGCUAAGGAGGAGGAGGCCUUCUGGCUACUGGUCACCGUGUGUGAGAGGAUGCUGCCCGACUACUUCAACCGCCAGGUCAUAGGUGCUCAGGUGGACCAGUCUGUGUUUGAGGAGCUGUUGCGUGAGCGUGUUCCGGAGCUGUGUGUGAGCGUUCCGGAUGUGUGUGCGCUGGCGUCGGUCUCGUUGUCAUGGUUCCUGACGCUGUUCCUGAGCGCGCUGCCGCUGGCCAGCGGAGUGUGUGUGCUGGACGCCUUCUUCUGCCGUGGCGCUCGGGUCAUCUUCCAGCUGGCCCUCGCCGUGCUGCACGCCAACACACACACACUCGCCGCCAGCACCGAUGAGGGCCACGCACUCAUGAUCCUCAGCAGUUUCCUGGAGCAGGUCAAGCAUGAUGAAGAGGACUGUGUGUGUGCUGAGGCAGCAGCCGGCUCAGCUGAACACACACACAUCACGACCCUACUCAAAGAGGCCUAUGAGAGAUUUGGUGAUAUCAGCGCUAAGCAGCUGGAAAGGCUGCGGUGUCGUCAUCGUAUCCAGGUGCUGCAGUCACAUGAGGACACCAUCAAAGAGAACGCUCUCAGGUUGGUGACCCCUGAAGUAUCUCUAUCUGCUGAGGAGCUUUCAGAACUCUACGACUUCAUCAAGACUGAGCAUCUGAUCAGUGUAUACUGGGGAGAUGGUGUGUGUGUGUCGGGUGUGUGUAGUGAGGGCUACCAGCUGGACCUGCCUCAGUUCAAGAGUGUGUACUCGGCACUGUCGCCGUGGCAAGAGGGCGCACACACGGAUACGGUUGCUAGGCGCACCUUCACAUUGCUGGACCAGAAUCAGAGAAACCUGCUGACCUUCACACAGAUCACUCACUGGCUGGACAUGCUGUACUGUGAGGAGUUGAACGUGAAGAUCAGGUGGUUGUAUCGCCUGCAUAUCCCUCCAGCUUUGAUGGACAGCGAGGAUGACCCCUCCCCCUUGAAGUCCCCGCUGCUGUCGACCACGAGACCUCUUCAUGUGGACCGACCCAACGGUGAGAGUGGCUAUGAGGAGCAGCUGAAACAGAUGUUGAAGGAUCUGGCCAAAGAGAAGGAGAGGGACUCAGAGAAACCACUGCCUCCCAUGAACCAGAGGGAGUUUAUCCAGUUCUGUAAGACGCUGUCCAACAUGUUCCACGGUGACGCGGAGGAGAGCGAGCUCUUCCAGGCCAUCGCCAUGGUGACCAGCCUGCUGCUGCAGAUCGGGGAGGCGGUGCAGUGUGGGGGCGGGGGGGCGGGGCCGGAGGCGCCGCGUGCUGAUUGGACGGUGAGCCUGGCGCAGAUCCUGGCGUCGCUCCUGACCGAGGCGCCGCUGGUGGCCUUCUUCGAGCGGCCGGCCGACCUGAGGGCUCGCAUCGCCGCGGCAACGCAGCGGCAGUACCAGCAGCGCGCCGCCAUGUUGGAGUUCGAGCACGGCAGCGGGUGAGACCCCGACGGAACCGGAACACGGGCCUGCACCCACACCCACACCUGCCUUGGACCAGGGGAGCAGGACUCCCUCUCACUCAAAGACUACAUCUCCCAGAAGCCUUCAGUCCGCAUGUCCUGUAGGCAGGACCACCUAAGAGACUACAUCUCCCAGAGGGCGUCACUUCAGGGACUACAAAGACAUAUGAAGACCACAUAUCCCAUAGUCCAUGAACUCUGCCAUAAAUCCAAAUAUUGGACUCCAUCUCCCAUAAGCCCUCCGAAUCCUGAAACUGUGAUCUGUGAGUGUGAGUGUGUGUUGUCGAUUGUGUUCUAUGUCUAGUUGAAUUUAUUCUCUGUGUGUGCAUGUGCCAAUCACACGACAGGAGAGGCCAUGAAUUGACGUCUUCCAAUCAGACGCUUCAGAAAUCAUUUAUGAAGAACCUUGAUUUGCUGACCCAAUCUUUCACCGGACCAUCACUUGUCUUAUGUCAGAAUACACACACACAUACACACACACACACACACACACACACACACACACACACACACACACACACACACACUCCUACAUGACCUAACCUCCUCCCCACACAAAGUUAUCUGUGUGUAUGUGUGUGAAAAUGUGUCUGUGAUGAUUUUUUUCCUCAACAUUAAUCAGACACACACAUGACAUUGCUGUAUCACACGAUUUUAAGCACACACACACGCACGCACACACACACACACACACGCACGCACACACAAUGUACACACAUGUACUGUAUAUACACUUCAGAAUUUUGAGAAUGUGUUUUGCAAAUGUGUGUGCGUGCGUGCGCGCGCGUGUGUGUGUAGAGCUCCUCUCUCUGGUGUUAUGUCUGAGUGUCUCCAUGCCAUGUGGUUUUAUAAGAUGCUGCCUUUUACUCACUAAUGUUUUUACACAAACCCAAAGUUGUGCUUUACCAAGGAAAUGUUUUAAGUGUGUGUGUGUGUGAGUGCUUUAAGUUCUUUGACAGGUAUGUUGUGUGUUGUGCCCCUUGUGGCCUGUAAGCUGACGUUCGCACCGCUUUGUGAAACGCUUCUAAACACACAUUAAAACGUCCAAGCUUUGUGAAACGCAUCUAAACA